UCUCUCGUUUAUUCUCUGGCAGGCAUGUUUGACCGCAGCGUCACCCUGCUGGAGGUGUGUGGCAGCUGGCCUGAGAGUUUCGGACUGCGUCACAUGUCCUCUGUGGAAGCCACAGAAGAGGGCCUGAAGGAGAGGCUGGCAGACGCAAUGUCAGAGUCGCCCAGCAGAGAUAUUGUGGGCUCUGGGACAGCAGAGCUGCAGAGGGAGGGAAGCAUCGAGACGCUCAGCAAUAGUUCUGGCUCCACCAGUGGCAGCAUCCCCGAAACUUCGAGGGCUACCGGUCCCCUCUCCCCACCAAUGAGAGCCAGCCCCUCAGCCUCUACCCCACCACAUUCCCCUAAAACCAGUCGUCCCACCCACAUCUCAGACCCAAGGAAACCUCUCUGUCGCCUUUGGACAAUCUUGACAGCACAACCACAACACAUCACCCACGAGAGGCCACACUCUUCACCCUGCAUCCUGCUCUGCUAUAUCAUUUCUCUCUUCUUUGAAAUGUGGAUUUUCCUUUAAUCAAACUCGGCAUGCAGGAAAACAAUGUUUAAUCAGGCCCGGCGUUAACAUCCUUUGUCAUUCACUUCCCUUGUAGAUUAAUGUUAAUGUUGCCUCCACCUGAGAGAGAGAGAGAGAGAGAGAGAGAGCAACUUCCAGUGCGUAUCUUUAUUAAACGCAUGUGCGUGAGUGAGAGUGUGUGUUCCUGAUUACUUCUCAGUAGUUGAGUUUAGGUUUGAGCUUAUGAAGCACUAUGCUGAUUUCUUUCCGAUCAACACAUCAUUAGACAAAUAGUGUUUGAUAUAUUUUAGUAAACAUGUACUGUAACAUUUGAAUUGAUUUGUCUUUUAUAGGUAAUCAAACAUGGUUAUGUUUACCAUUUAAUCUUGUGUUACAUAGUGUUCAUUAUUCCACACUUUUUUUUUCCUGUAUAUUUGAUUAAAAAAAAAAAAGGUUUAACAAGAGUCAGUUUUUUUGGAUUCAAUUUUAUUUGCUUUACAAACUAAAUAGUUUCAAAUUAUUUAAAUUACUUUCAUUUUAUGGGUCAAUGAAAUGUAUUGAUUCUUUCAAAAGGAAUUUGUGUGCUUUAUAGAAUGUGUGCGAGGCUGAUAUUUAGCAGUGGUGCUCUCAAGAAUCCACAGCAAAUUUCAUUCAGCUCAGGUUAGACACUACCCAAAUGUUAAAAAAGUAGUUCCAUCAUCAUUAUCAUUAUUAUCAUCAAUAUAUCAUUUUGUUUUAGCUUAUUUAACUAUUUAAAAUGGCUUUGUUUGAAGAAUGUCUUUUAACUCACUUGACUGGAUGUAACGUUUAACAUACACUCACAACACACAGUUAUUGAUAAAUACCAAUUAAACAAGAAAUGUGAAUACAUGGUCCUAAUCAUCAGCUUGUCAUUCUGAAUGCAGUGCUCAUGCUUUGGAUGAACUGUAUUAUUUGUAAUAAUAUUUGCGCAAUGUGAUCUAGAAAUAGGAAUUAAUGCAAGUGAAUUUAACGAGUCUUCUAUACAUUUUUGUGUUUGCUUAAUACAGCAUAUCCAUUCUGA